ACCAUUUUGGACCUCAAUGGCUAUGCGGGCGUGGCUUAAAACUGCGCCAACCGCACCGGAUAUGUUUAUGCGGAAACGCAACGGAGAAGGGUCGAAACUCGAACGCAUUACCUCGACGCCUCGUGUGGCAUCAUCUCCUUCAAAGCAUCGUGAUAGAAUCCAAAGCACUUAAAAGCAUACAACUCCUCCAGCAUCCCCCAACUUGUUCGACGAAAUGCCUCAACGAAAACUCCCACGACUCCAGGGAGGAAACUCUAAUUUCCUUUUUCAAAUCGUGCUCCACCAUGAGAGAACUCUCUCAGAUCCACGCCCAGAUCAUCUCCGCCGGUCUCGAGCAACACGUGUACGUGAUCGGUAGAUUAAUCUCGUUCUGCUGCGUGUCGGAGAACGGAUCGAUGGAUUACGCGUCUCUCGUGUUCGAACAAUUGAAUUGGCCGGAUGGGUUCUUGUACAGCACCAUGAUUAGAGGAUUGGGGAGAGUCGGUAGAGACGAGGAUGCGUUGUUGUUCUUUAAAAGAAUGCGAGAGCGCGGUAAAGCCGCCGAUAACUUCACCUUCGCAUUCCUUUUCAAGAUUUGCGGGCACAUGACGGCGGUUGAAUUGGGUAGGCAGAUCCAUUGCUGCAUUGUGAAGCAUGGAUUGGAGUCGAAUGUAUAUGUUUGCAACACACUGAUCCAUAUGUAUGGAUUGUUUAGGGAGGUUAGCGCUGCGAGUCAGGUGUUUGAAGAAAUUACUAGUAGGGACUUGGUCUCGUGGAAUACACUCGUCGAUGUGUACAUGAGCUGCGGCGAGUACAAGGAGGCGUUGAGGAUGUUUCUUAGGAUGAGGAGAGAUGGUUUCAAUCCCGAUGAGGCUACGUUGGUUGUGACUCUCCCGGCGUGUUUGGAAUUGGGCGCUCUGGAUUUUGGAAGAUGGGUUCAUUCCAACACAAUCCACCAAACUGUAUCUGUUUCCAACUCUUUAAUUGAUAUGUACGCAAAGUGCGGAGCCAUCGAAAGUGCGCUUCGAGUGUUCGACAAUAUGGCGAGCAGGAACAUCAUCUCGUGGAACUCGAUGAUACUAGGACUUGCGCUGCAUGGGCAUGUCAACAAGGCAUUAUUGUUUUUUAAUAAGAUGCUUGAAGAGUGCGAAUUCGAAGAGCCGAACGACAGUAUGUUCUUAGGAGUUCUUUGCAGCUGUAGCCACGGAGGGCUUGUGGAAGAAGGGCGGAGGUACUUCGACAUGAUGAGGAGGGACUAUGGCGUGACUCCUAACAUGAAGCAUUAUGGGUGCAUGGUCGAUCUUCUUGGAAAAGCCGGGCUUCUCCAAGAAGCAUAUGAGCUUGUAAGGAGCAUGCCGAUGGAGGGGAAUGCGGUGGUGUGGAGGACGUUGUUGGGGGCGUGCCGAGUUCACGGGAACAUUGAACUCGGCGAGCGAGUUCUUGAGCAUCUCAGAGAGUUGGAGCCUGAUCACAGCAGCGACUAUGUUCUUCUCUCGCACAUGUAUGCUGGAGCCGGAAGAUGGAAUGAUAUGUUGCAUGUAAGAGAAGUGAUGAGAGGAAGAGGAGUUCAGAAGCCUGAGCCUGGUAUGGGUGUGCUUUCCCGCGCAGAGCAUUAGAAACAGCGUAAGAGAUUCAUUUCCUUCUCCAACUAAGGUCCCACUUAGCGUGGUUGGAACUUUUAUAAAUAGAGCUAUGUGAAAAGGCAAUAACACUCUCCAACUAAGGUCCCAUUUAGCGUGGUUGGAACUUCUAUAAAUAGAGCUAUGUGAAAAGGCAAUAACACUCUCCAACUAAGGUCCCAUUUAGCGUGGUUGGAACUUCUAUAAAUAGAGCUAUGUGAAAAGGCAAUAACAAUUUUUCCAUUUUUUUGAGAUAAA